AUGGGAAUUCUAUAUAUCCUCCUUAUAGGACAUGCUUUUAGUGCUUUCGAUUUGGUGGCGGCAUCUACCAGCGAAGAUGAUCUCUACCAGGACACCGCCUACAUGAAGGAACUGCUACGCCAGGCGAAAACUGCCGAGAUUGAGAGCUUUAUGAACCAAGAAGCUGAUCCAUGUAACGACUUCUACUCCUUUUCUUGCGGCAACUAUGCUCGGAUUAAUCCAGCUCCCAGCUUGGGAGUAUCCUCGACGGGAUUAUUCGAGACUAUCGCCAAGGGUCUUGAUCGCAAAAUCCUAAAAAUGCUCACAGCGGCUAAUAAUAUUCACGAGACUCCAGAGGAUAAACAAGUGAAGCACUUCUACGAGUCCUGCCUUCGAAUCGAGAGGCUCAACUUCCCCAUAAAAAUGAAGCAGCUUAUUCAGGAGUUUGGAAAGAUGCCGGUACUUGAUGGAUCCUCCUGGCAGGAAUCGGACUUUGAUUGGUUAAACACAACCGCAAGUAUAGCCCAUCGAUAUGGAAUUGGUUCCCUCAUUAAUGUGCAAGUGAGCAAGGACUUGGACAACAACGAAAGGAACCGCAUCUACAUCAAGGAGCAGAAAUUUCCGCUUGAGACGAGGUCAAUGUACGUGGACAAGGCAACGGCGAGCUAUCGUCAAAGAUAUAGAGUCAAUAUCCAGAGAACCCUGGAACAAUUUUUGGACGUAAAAAGGGAGCUGGUAAUGCAAACGUCUAAGGAGCUGAUCGACUUCGAGGUGGAAUUAGCCAAAGGACUGAAGGACGACAGUUCCCUGAAAGGGGAAAAGCUGCUUACACCCACCUUGGACAUCAAGCGAUUGAUAUUUCUUAGCUUGGGAGAGAGAAUCUCAGAAUCAGAUGGAAUCCCUGAUUUCAAGAAUCGCUAUCAGAAAAAUUUAUUGGAAGUCAUCGAAUGUACGCCCAAGCGCACUGUAGCAAACUAUAUUUACUUCCGCUUAAUCAGGGAAUUUGUAAAGUCUAUUCCCGGCACGUCGGAAAAUCUGGAAAAGGCCUGUGUGAAUCUCACCAAGAAGUUCUUUGCCAAGAACCUGGACAACAUGUUCUAUCGCCUCUACAAUAACGAGAAAUACGCCAGAGAUAUCAACAUAAUGUGGCAUAAGCUGAAGUCCACAUUUGAGGAGAUUUUGCAAUCCAGUCCAGCACUCUAUUGGAUUGAGCCAUCCACUAGAAAUCUGACCAUAGCCAAGCUCAGGGCCAUGAUCCUGGAGGUCAACAACUAUGCUGAUUAUAACUUCACUGAAGAGUUUGCGGAACUCAAUCUGCAGAGCUCCGACUACUUGGAGAAUGUGCGACAGGUUAAGAUGGUGAGGGCAAAGCAGAUGCGGGAGAUGCUCCACAAGCCGGCGAAGCCAUUGGAGGAUGAGCUUAGCUUCAGUCCGGCCAACAUCCUGAUAGAGAACACCAUCAAGAUUCCGGUGGCCCUGCUCCAACCCUUCUACCUUUGGUCCGAAGUAUAUCCAAAUGCGGUCAUGUUCGGCUCCCUGGCGUAUCUGAUUGGACAUGAACUAAUCCAUGGGUUCGACGACAGCGGAUGGAUGUUCGAUGCCAAGGGAAACUUUAAUAAAUGGUGGGACGAAAGGUCCAGCGGGAAUUUCCUGAAACGACGAGAGUGUUUCACUAAGCAGUAUGGCAGGUAUAAUUACGAUGGAAUUCAGUUGAAGGAAUCCACUUCGCAGUCCGAGAACAUUGCGGAUAAUGGGGGAAUGCGGCUGGCUUACACCGCUUACCGGAAAUGGUACGACUCAAAACAUCCCAAGGAUCUGGCGAAGGAAACCCUUCCCAACCUACCCUACUCCGCCAAACAGCUGUUUUUCAUCAGCUUUGCCCAAUCUUGGUGCAACGACGUGGAUCCAAAGCUCAAGGUUCAGCAGGUAUCCACCGAUACGCACUUUCCCGGAAAUCUCCGUGUUAUUGGAUCUCUAUCGAACUUUGACGAGUUCUCUAAAGAGUUCAACUGUCCAGCCGAAUCUGUCAUGAAUCCCAGAGAGAAGUGCAUACUCUACUAG